AUGCUUGCAACGCCUUCCAAGGCUCAACGCUGCACCUGGGCCCCUCAACUGGGAGACGCGUCUCAUUCUACUCUGGGAGGCUCGCUCUUAGCCAAAAGGUCUCAUGGCUGGAAUGGCUUCUUUGGACUCAAAAGACUUUCAGGAUUGCUUCUUGUCAACACAGUCUUCCAACCCCUUGCGCCAUCCUUUGCGCAAGAUGUGAACCCCGUGAGCUCUACAUCAAAGGCACAAGGCAGUUGCUCGAGUCAACAUUGGUCGGCAACGCUCUUGGCCUCCACUGAGGAUACAGGAGGGGGUUUUGCCGACUUGCCUCCCUGCCUUCCAUGGUCUAGCGGCCCUUGUGUGUCAGUGAACGGACCGUGCUUUGCGGACGAGAAGACAGGUUGCGGGAAGUCGUUCAAGGAAUGUGCUGAGAACAAGGAUUGUCAGAAGGGCUUGUCAUGCCUUGCUCGAUGCAAGGGAGAGCCAACGUGCUCGACGGGUUGCUUCGCGGCGUUUGCUGAUGACAGCAUGACAAACUUCCUCGGAUGUGCUCUUGAGGACAAGGAGUGCAUCAACUUCCCCAAGGAUCCGAAGCUUCUUGGCUGGCUGGACGACGGAGCAGCAGCUCCCAAGAAAGUCGCGAACUUUGACAUCAACUCCUUGAAAGGAGACUGGAUCAAGAAGAAAUGGGAUGGCAGAGAAUGCGACGGUCAUCUGCUGCUGCAGGUGCUUGGGCUUGACGACCGCUACGAUUGCUUCGAGUGCCAACAGAAUCGCUUCAGAGAGGAGAACGGUCAAUGGCGAAUGGACACGACGUUCCGCCUCCCUCGAGCUCGGGGAAUGAGCAAAGACUCCAACUACCUGCAAAACGAUUUGACGGAAGAGGUCUUUGUCGACAGCAAGGACGCCCGUCCAAGCAUGCACACAACUGGCAAGACGUUUGGCCUCACCUUCUGGGAGAACUACUACAUCGUCGGGCAGGGGAAGGACUGGCAGUUUGUCAGAUACGUUGGGCACACCUUGCAGGGCGGCUAUAAGGGAGCUUUUGUUCUCUCCCGCACGCCGGAACUGUCUGCAAGCGCUCUGGAGGAGGUGAAGGCUGUAGCAACCGAGCAGGGGCUGGACCUCUCAGGUUUCUGUCGGAUCAAGAACAAGGCUUGCGGAACAAGGCAGUUUGACUGA